AUUUUUAGUUCUAUCCUUCCCUUUUCCAGCUAUAGUUUGUUGCAAAUCAAAAUGACAAGCUUAGGGAAGUUGGGCCAAUGGCCCUUACUAACAGCUGCUUUGGCAAUUUGCUUAGUAGCCAGCACUGUUGUUGCUGAUUACUCUUAUGGCUAUACUUCUCCUUCUUACAACUCUAAGAAGUACUACAAAUCACCAUCUCCAUCCAAGUAUGAGGUACCCACUCCUUACUACAAGAAAACUGAGAAACCUGCUGCACAUUCUCCGUCACACUACUAUAAAUCUCCAGCACCAUCGAAGCACGACUAUUACAAGUCGCCAUCACCAAUAAAAUAUUACAAAUCGCACUUGCCAACAAAAUAUUACAAGUCGCCUGCUCCUUCAAAGCAAUACUAUAAGUCACCCGUUGUAGUGAAAUAUUACAAGUCACCCGCUCCUGUAACACAUUAUUACAAGUCGCAUGUUCCAUCAAAACACUACUACAAGUCACCAUCUCCUUCAAAACACUAUUAUAAGUCAUCGGUUGCAAAGAAGUAUUACAAGAAACAUACUCCUUCAAAGUAUUACUACAAGUCACCUGUUCCUUCAAAGAAUUACUAUAAGUCACCAGCUCCUUCAAAACACUACUACAAGGCACCAGUUGCAACCAAGUAUUACAAGUCACCUGUUCCCUCAAAGCAUUAUUACAAGUCACCUGCUCCCACAAAGUAUUAUUACAAGUCCUCAACUCCUUCAAAACACUACUACAAGGCACCGGUUGCAACCAAGUAUUACAAGUCACCUGCUCCCUCAAAGCAUUAUUACAAGUCACCUGCUCCCACAAAGUAUUAUUACAAGUCCCCAACUCCUUCAAAGUACUACUACAAGUCCCCGUCGCCAGCAAAGUACUACAAGUCGCCUACAACUUAUAAUUCACCACCUCCACCAAAAACCUAUGAACAUUCGCCAUCAUAUUACUCACCUCCACCACCAACUUACUACAAGCAAACACCUAUCUACCCUUCACCUCCACCACCUGUGAAGUACGAGCAAUCUGUCACCUAUGCUUCACCUCCACCACCAACAUACUACAAGCAAGAACCCACCUAUGCUUCACCUCCACCACCUGUGAAGUACGAGCAAGCACCCACCUAUGCUUCACCUCCACCACCAACGUACUACAAGCAAACACCCACGUAUGCUUCACCUCCACCACCUGUGAAGUACGAGCAAGCACCCACCUAUGCUUCACCUCCACCACCAACGUACUACAAGCAAACACCCACGUAUGCUUCACCUCCACCACCUGUGAAGUACGAGCAAGCACCCACCUAUGCUUCACCUCCACCACCAACGUACUACAAGCAAACACCCACGUAUGCUUCACCUCCACCACCUGUGAAGUACGAGCAAUCUGUCACAUAUGUUUCACCUCCACCACCAACGUACUACAAGCAAACUCCCACCUAUACUUCACCUCCACCACCUGUGAAGUACGAGCAGUCAGUCACCUAUGCUUCACCUCCACCACCAGCAACAUCUCCCCCACCAACCUACUACUAAUAUUCAACCCUUCCCCUCAAUUAUUUUCCACAUCUCCAUGACUUAUAACUCCUUUUCAUCCUCUCUCCGAGUAUUUUCAUUUUCUUUCCGCCACAGUUUUAUGUAUGUUUCCCAAAAUGAUCGGCUUUGCUUGCUGUGUGUUCUUUUAUUUAAUAACUUGUACUAUCAUAUGAGUUUUAAGUAAGAUCCUUGAGAUCUCCAUCAAUUUGGCUUUAUUGUAUCAAGAUCCUUUUUUUUUGUUGUAAUUUAUCAAGAAUCUGCAGUUAAUCUAAUAUUAUUUCUUAUCCGUUGAAUACUUUA